AUGGUGAAGAUUGACUCUUUCACGCUUGAGGAUUAUAUCAACGACAACGUCCACAAAGCUAAAUACAGCAUCGCCAGCUCCUGCUCUCUCCCAAUUUCGCUCCAAGAACUUCAGUCGCUUUCCGAGAAAUCGUCGUCCCCCAGUGCCAACGGUGACAAUGGUCCAAUACCCAACGAAAUAUUCACUAGAGACCUGGACUACGCCCCAGCAUGCGGUUCGCAGAAGCUACGGGCCCGCCUAGCCAGCCUCUACUCCGUCAAGAUAUUGACCCCACUUUCUCCAGAAAACGUGUUGAUAACCCCCGGUGCGUCCCUGGCUAAUUGCCUGAUAUUCCAUGGCCUCUGUAAUCCCGGUGAUCAUGUUAUCUGCCAUUACCCUACAUACCAGCAACUGUAUUCACAACCGGCCUCGUUGGGGGCGGACGUUAGUCUCUGGAGGACGAAUGGGGAGGAUAAUUGGAAGCUGGAUGUUGAAGAGUUGAAGCGCAUGAUUAGACCCGAAACUAGAUUUAUCGUGAUCAACAAUCCUCAAAACCCCACCGGUGCUGUAAUCCCACGCUCAACGCUCGAAUCCAUCAUCCAAGUCGCGCGGGAGCACUCCAUAAUCGUCAUCAGUGAUGAAGUCUACAGACCCCUCUUCCACUCCAUCACGCCCGCUGACCCGGAAUUCCCACCCUCAGUCAUGUCCCUAGGCUACGAAAACGUGGUCGUCUCCGGUUCGAUGUCUAAGGCUUACUCCAUGGCCGGCAUUCGCGUUGGGUGGCUCGCAUCGCCCAACGUCGAGUUGGUCAAGAAGUGCGAGAAGUGGAGGGCCUACACGGUCAUCUCCGUGGGUCAGAUUGACCAGCAGAUAGCCAGCUAUGCGCUAGACGAGUGUCUGCACAAACUUCUCAAACGCAACAACGAUCUAGCGCGACACAAUCUAGGGCUGUUGGAAGGUUUUAUUGAGCAGCAUCGGUGGGCGUGUGAUUGGGUGAAGCCCGUUGGGGCUUCUGUGGCAUUUGUGAGGUUUUCGAAGAUGGGGAAGCCGGUGGAUGAUGUGGAGUUUUGUGAGAGGUUGUUGGAGAAGGAAGGGGUGUUGGUUGUGCCUGGCAAUCUGUGUUUUGGGAAUAGGGAUGAAAACGGGAAUGGCAGGGAUUUUAAAGGGUAUGUGAGGAUAGGGUUUGUUGGGGAGACGAAGACAUUGGAGGGGGCACUGGAGGGGUUGAGAGCAUUUAUGAGAGACGGAUUUGAGGAUGUACCUGUAGGCAAGUUACGGUCAUCGCGCAACCUAGAAUGCCUCAUCACCAGCACCAGCACCAGCACCAUUAUCAUCACCAUCAUCAUUUAUUCUAACUCUCUGCGUUUUCCCAGCCAUAGGCGAUCCAUAAUGUGCCAAAGGAGCAAGGAUUACGGAAAUUCUAACGGGGACAUCGCGGUGCCUCGGUGUGCCUGUGUGGGUUCCGCCUGGGCAGCUGGAUUCAUAAAGAAGUUCAGGCACACGAGCAACACAAUAGUUAUCAUGUCCACAUGGACUAAACUGAAGCAAAUCGACAAAAUAUUCUCCCAUUGGGGGAGCAUGCAUCGACAGACAAGACAUGCGCAGACAUUGAACCCUGUAGCUAAACUGGCAUCCAUGAAAUUUUCCCCAGAUAUUCGGGCGCACUUGAACCCUGAAAUCUGCACGUGA